AGAAUUUCGGAUUUAUAUUUUGAGUAAUUCUAGCUCCUAAGUUCACCUAGACUCUGUCCUUAAUCCUAACAAGUGGUAUCAGAGCCAUAUUAAGGACAUUGAGAGGAGUCUACAGAAGUGUGAAGACCCUUCUAGACCCACCAUGGCCUGUGGGUGUGCCUAAGUGGUGUUCUAAAGGUUGGAUGUGUCUUCCGCUAAGGGGAAACUCUGCCGAAAUUUCGUGGACGCCGACACUUGUGAAAAUAUCGAGGGAGCUGAGUGUGGACAGCAAAGGGGAGCUGAAAUUCGUCAUUUCUCAAGGAGAAGAUGAAUGAGAGAGGAGGAGAUGCUAAUGGAAGAGGAGCUGUAGCUGAGAAGACAAGUGAGCCGCCGCCAUCAAAAGUUGAAGCUUUGGAUGGCUCCAACUAUGAGGAAUGGAGCGGACGGAUGAGGAGUGCCUUCAAACGCUACAAGCUCCUGAAGAUUGCUGUUGGGGAAGAGAAGAUGCCGGAAGAAGGCGAAGCACGUGAACGGUGGAUUGAGAAAAGCGCGGUGCUUUUCGACCUCAUUCUUCAAUCGGCCAACAAGGAGAUGUUCGAGCACAUCAAGGAUCUUGUGGAAGCGGAUGAUUCGGGUCCAAGGGCGUGGAAACUACUACGUGAUGUGGUUCAGCCCAACACUCUCCUGAUGGUGAUCGUGCUCGAGAAGGAACUUGCUGCCAUCUCCAUGCAACCAGGGGACGAUGUGAAGCCGGUCCUUGACAAGAUCAAGGACACCUAUGCAAGGAUGGCAGCAGCGGGCAGCAGUGUAUCUCAGCUGCAGCAGUGCACCAAGAUCAUCUCGGUGUUGGACAACUCUUGGGACAACCUCAUCCCCACCCUCAACUCUCAACAAGAUCAAUGGACACCUGAGUGGCUAAGGCAGCAGAUUCUGCAGGAGGACUUCCGCAGACGCCAUGUGGGAGGCGGUGCUGCCACUAAGACUGCUGAGGGGUAUGGUGCUGCAGGGCGCGGCAGAGGAAGAGGGGGUUGGAGAGGCCGAGGCCGUGGGAGGAGCUUUGGCAGAGGUAGAGGCCGAGAAGAGUAAGGCCGAAGUGACCUUUGGACCA